AUUGCACAGUCAAUAAAGGGUGUGGUUUGAUUGUGCCCAAGAUCGAAGAAGGCAACUGUUUUAAUCGUCUCUUAGACAUAUUGUUGCAUAAAACGCUGCCAAAGGAUCAUGUUCACUCUGAAGGCUGCCUGUGCCUGGUGUUGGGUCUUCCUGUGCUUCUCAGUUAAAGCAUGCAAUGUAGCUGAUGAUCUUAUAGGAGCCAAAAGCCCAGGAGAUAUCGUCAUUGGGGGAUUAUUUCCAGUCCAUCAGCAGGUGAAGAAUUUAAAUCUCCUUAAACCAGACCCUCUAGAAUGCACAGGAUUCGAUGUCCAGAGUUUUAUCUGGGUCCAGGCUAUGAUACACACCAUUGAUAUGAUAAACAACUCUUCACUACUAAAUGGUAUUAAACUUGGAUAUGAAAUAUAUGACACAUGUUCAGAUGCCUCCAAAGCCAUAAUAGCUGCAAUGAAGUUACUUUCCAAGUCAAAUUCUACAGGCAAUGUUCUGGAAGUUCAUUGCAACUACACUGAUUACAAGCCAAUUGUAAAAGCAGUUGUGGGCGAAGUAUAUUCGGAGCUGUCAAUUCCCACUGCAAGAAUAUUUAAUGUGAUGCUCAUGCCUCAGAUUAGUUUUGCAUCAUCUGCUUCCAUCCUCAGCAACAAAGGGAGAUUUGCAUCAUUUUUACGCACUGUGCCCAGUGACAUCCAUCAGACGAAGGCUUUGGCCAAACUUGUCAGCUACUUUAAGUGGAACUGGGUUGGGGUUAUCGCUACUGAUGAUGAAUAUGGCACGUCUGCCAUGACCGACUUCAUUUCACAUGCACAGAAGCAAAAUGUUUGUAUUGGUUUUCAAGAAGAGAUUCCAACUUACGUGUGUGAUGCGCAGAGCGAUGAACGGAUACAGAACUUGAUUUCAAAAAUUGAAAACACUCCUAAUGCAAGUGUUAUUGUUCUGUUUGCUAAACAAGCAAUUGUCGUUAAACUGUUCAAUGAAAUCAUUCACCGAGGCAUUAAAAGGUUGUGGAUUGCCAGUGAUGCUUGGUCCAUGUCCAGAGCAGUAGCAAAGAUGAAGAAUAUUAAAACAGUAGGAAACAUUUUGGGUUUCUCUUUCAAAACUGGAUGCAUUCCUGGCUUUCUGACACAUUUAAGGAACCUGAGACCACCAGCUGAGGGAUUUAACAAGUUCAUUGACAAAUACAAGCAACUUCAUUCCAGUUGUCCAAAGCAAAACGAAGACUACACAGAAACAUGCAGUUCAAACACAAACCACUGCCUAUUUCAGGAGGAGAAGAAACUGGUACAACCUCUCAAUUGUGACAAAACAAAUGAAGCCAAUAUAAAUAAAGAUGAUAUAAGUCAUAAUAUUGAGUUAGGUGUCACUUAUGCACAAUACUUGGCAACUAAAUCAAUUGCAGAAGCUUUGAGAAAUCUCCUAAAAUGUCGUGAAGGAGUAUGUCAAAAAAAUCUUGAUUUUCCACCAUGGAAGUUACUGGAAGCAAUAAGAAUGGUGAAUUUCACUGAAGCUGGAAGACCGUUUUACUUUGACGAGUCUGGGGAUUCUAUAAAUGGAUAUGACCUAAUACAUUGGGAUAUGGAUGACUACGUUACCAGAUUUAAAACCGUUGGAGAAUACAAACUUCUGGAUAACAAUGUAUACAUUUAUGAUGAAGUCUUCAAAAACAUUGGAAAGGCUGUGUUUUCCAACUGCUCCCGUUCUUGCAAGCCUGGAGAAAGGAAGAAUGCAUAUUCCUUACAUACCUGCUGUUAUGAUUGUGUGCCUUGUGCUGAGGGAUACCAUUCUGCAGGGUGGGACAUGAAUGACUGUUUGAAGUGCUUGGAUGGCCAGUGGUCUGAUGCCGGAAGUUCUGAGUGUAAUAACAAGACCAUUGAAUACUUCAACUGGAACGAUGGGUUUGCAAUUGUCCUUGUAGUCUUUGCUUCUUUAGGGAUUGUACUAAUAAUUGUAAUUAUAAUAAUAUUCUCACUGAAUUUGAACACACCAGCAGUAAAGAGUUCUGGAGGCUAUUUCUGUUUUGUAAUUCUCUUCUCACUGUUCCUCUGCUUUAUAAGCACUGGGUUUUUUAUUGGUGAACCAACAAAUUUGCACUGUAAGAUUAGACAGCCACUCUUUGGAAUAAGCUUUACUAUAUGUGUUUCUUGGAUCCUGAUCAAAUCCUUUAGGAUCAUUCUGGCAUUUAAUUUUGAUCCCAUUGUCCAUCAUCAGAUGAAAAAAAUGUAUAAGCCCUUAGUAAUUCUAGUAACUUGUACUCUAAUACAAGUAAUUAUUUGUACUCUUUGGUUAUUAUUAAAAGGGCCUUUUUAUGUAAUAAAUCAUAGUAUACCUAAAGUCAUAUUACCAAAAUGUGAUGAAGGCUCCAAUGUGGCAUUUGGUAUUAUGUUAGGUUAUAUAGCCUUUCUUGCAUUUCUUUGUUUUCUGGCUGCUUUCAUGGGGAGGAAGAUCCCAGAUAUUUAUAAUGAGGCCAGGUUUAUCACAUUCAGCAUGCUCAUCUACUUAAUUGUAUGGAUUUCUUUUGUUCCUGUGCAUGUCAACACUGAGGAUAAAUAUCUCCCAGCAGUUGAAGUGGUUGCAAUUUUGGCAUCAAACUAUGGCAUCUUAUGUUGCCAUUUCUUUCCAAAGUGCUACUUCAUUUGCUUCAAGAAAGACCAAAACACUCCUGAAAGCUAUAGAAAGAAUCUGCGAGAGCAUAACGCGCAAAAACGUCAAGGCACAAACCUUUCACAAACUUCAGGUGUCACUGAAUCCUUUUGGUCUGCACCAGAAUCUCCACCGCCUGUGCAUAACCAAGUUUUUCAGAUUUCUAUGAACACAGAAAAUAAGAUGUGAACAUAUUACAACCAUCAGCAUGGGAGAGAGGGACAAUAACCAUUAAUGAGGAUGAGGGCUCUGGCUUUUUAAGAUUUUCAUUUAAACCCUACAGUAACUGUAAAUCAAUAACUUUACUGCUCCCUAAAACUAGUAACAGGUGAUUUUUUGAAUAUGAGUUGCAAAUCAACCCUAAAGGUUAUAUGGCAGAACUCUGCCUUGACCAUAUCACAGAAUAUCCAAGUUGGGCUGAAUUCAGAUAUUUGCCAGAAGCUUGAAAUGAUUGAAAUGUCUUUGUUAUUAUCCCCAUUUGAUACAAUAGUAUGAGGUAAGAGCUUCUAAAAGAGUUAACUAAAGCCUUACUGUUAAAUUAUGUAUUUUGUCUCCUUUCAAAGUUGUUUUCAGUUAGACUACCUGAAAGAACCAUCUCAGUCUAUCUUAUACUACAAUUGGAGAAUGAUAGAUGUAACUCAUUCACAAAAUUCACAAAACAAAUAGUUACCUUGCUGAAAGGUAGAAAAUAAAGAGUAGGGAAAAGGAUAGUUAUUCAGAAUAGCAGAAAGUAUACCAGUUCUCAACUUUAAAAUGCAUCAAAUCAGUUGCUUAAAAUGUUAUUUUAAUAGUGGAAUUGAAAUUGACUUGUACAGAAUAUCAACAUUUCCACUUGCACUAGUUGGUCAGGAAGCCCAGAAAUGAAUUAUUUAUGUGGUGACUGGGUAGAAAGAAAAUGUCCGAUAUGCUGUUUUCUGUGCCCUAUCGAAUUCCCUUGCCCUUCCCGCCAAUAUGUCACAAAAGCUUAAAAUACAGCCAAUAAACUUCUGUACCACAACGUUUGCUGUUGUAAUAAAAAUGGCAUGUGAUUGUCGUACUCCCAUUCCUAUAAUUCAAAUACUUUCUAGGAACAUAUUGAGAAACCCAUGACUGUUGACAACUCAGUGGUAGAGUCUGAAGUUCCCUCACAAUGGGUGUGCAGAAAUCAAGCUUGACAAUGGAAGAUUUCCUUAUUAGUGCAGAAUUUACAACAAUUUUUUCUUCAUACAUUCUUUAUACAUGUAGCCUGGUUAUGCAAGAGUAUUACUUAUUAAAUUACUUCAAUUAAUAUUUGCAUUUGUUAAUACUGUUUAGUUUUCCUUCUUGGCAGUUCAAAUAAGUUUUCUGGACAUACCUGAAAAAGGUAGAUUGUCCUAUGAAGAAAGAUUGGACAGGCUAGGUUGGAGUAUAUGCUGGAGUUUAGAAAAGUGAGAGGUGACUUCAUCUUGAGGGGCUUUGACAGAGUGGAUGUGGUGAGGAUAUUUUCUUUUCCAAGAAAAUCUAAAACCAGGGAUCACUGUUUAAAAGCAAGGAAACAUCCAUUAAAGACUGAGAUCAGCCAAACCUUUAUUCUCUGAGAGGAUGACAAGUCUUUGGAAUUCUCUUCCUCAAAGGAUGAUGGAAACAGCAUCUUUAAAAAAAAUUAAUGCAGAGAUACUUAAAUAUUUAGGAAUAAAAGGUUAUAUCUUCUUAAAGAAUUUUGCAAUAUUCAGUGCCAAAUAUAUAGACAAUAGAGGCCACAUCAGAAUCUAUUUUUUGUUAAGAUAGCACCACUGGUGUCAAUAUUCUCAGUGAGAGUUUCUAUUCCAGCAGUGGGACUAUGUGCUGGAAUCUAAAAUCUCAUCAAAUCCAGAGUGACACCAAGACCCUGCCAGAUCAGAAAGAGUUUCAGGAAAUUAGCUCAAUUUGAGUUUUCGCCAAGUGGCAGUGAAUGAAAAAUCUCAGUAUGCUGCAGAGCGUGUUUGACAUUGUGGCUACCAAUGUUCCCUUAGCUCCAAUCUGAAUAUACAAUCUCUUUGGGCUGCACAGUAAUUUAUAUAUAAUUAACUCACUAUGUGACUGUGAUGAAUUGUAUACUUUUACUUUAGUUUCUUUGUGAGAUGAAUUUCAUCUGGAAUAUCUGGUGCAAUUAAAUUCUCAUGUUGAGAAAAAUAAUGUUGCAUUUAUGAACUGUGUACUGCUGUAUUAGAAGUUUUUUUGCUUUUCCUUUUGUUUUGACACAGAAUUCCUUCUUUAAAUCCCUUUUGCCCCAAUGCCUGCUGGAACAGUGCAGUCCCUGCUGCCCAAAGAACUGUUAAUCUGCUUCCAGGAUUUCAUUAUUGCCAAUCUGAAACAUCCACUUGAGUGUGAUUUGGUUCAAUGUCAGUGGAUGUCCUAUCACUUCUUUCCGUUUUGUGAAAGUAUCUGGACUCCAUUUGAUACUUCCUACAAAAAGAAAGCAGUUAUAAGAAUUCUAUUGAAUAGUGUUAAUUACCAGCUAAGAAUUACUGAAAUCCUGUUACGAUAGUUUGUUUUGCAUAUGUCCUUGCAACCUGACACUAUUACUACCCCACGUUUAUAAGAUCAAGGCAAUCAGAAACCUUAUUUAUCUGCUUCUUUCUUCUUAAAAAAUGUGACCGACUGGUACGAAAAGGUAGGAAGAGGUCUGGUCACUGUAACAAAUAUAUCCAAAUUAAACAUGUAUUUGAAUGAUAUUUUGAGGCUGGAUUGCUGAAGAGUUAUCACAAGGUCAGGCUGCAUCUGUAGUGGAAAGAGAAACAGAAUUAACGCUUCAGGUCAGAGACCCUUUGUCAGAACUGAUGAAGUUCUGACUAAGGAUCUCCAACCUGAAACAUUUACUCUGUUCUUCUUCUCAUGGAUGUGACCUGACCUGCUGAGUAUUUGCAGCAUUUUCUGUUUUUGUUAUAGAUUUCCAGCAUAAAACCCCCUCCUCUUUGAUUUCAGUUAUCACAAGGCCUUUUUAGAGUGAUUGUCUCAGAACUUGUCGGCUUUAACUUUUGUCAGGUUCUAUUUCAGUAUCAACU